UGUCAUAUGAAUGCUCCAGCCGUUGCCUUUCCAGGAAUCCAAACAUGAAGCGCCUCACGCGGUCUGCCAUCGCCUCAGGCGCCAUUACCAUGGUAGCUCCAGAGAUGCUCCCGAGACCUUAUCGGUGCCGCAGAACUCUCACCACAGACAAAGCCACGGUGCCCUUGGAGCACAAUUUGUCUCAGGUGGUGAAAAAGACUGAGGAUCCCGCCUCCCAGAUGUGUUUGGAACUUCCUGACUCUAAGCUGCUCGCAGCUGAUCUGAAGAUGGAGGGUGUUGAAGGGGAGGAGCUGGGUUUGCCCACAGUGGCUCCCUAUCAUACCGUCACCUUGUGGGAAUGCCCGGCGAGUAACCCCGCCUCGACGUCAGGUGUGUGCAGCGCAGAAUCGGAGCUCACCCCCUCGCCGCCAAAGCGCCGGAGGACCACGUCCUACGUGUGGGAGCACUUCAGCAUCGACAACCGAGACAGGUUCGUGGUCGUGUGCAACCGUUGCCGAAUGCGGGUGAGGCUUGGCAAGGAGGGUGGUUGCGGGAGGGUCGGGACCUCCGCUAUGCACAAACACCUGCAGAUCCACCACCCUUUCCUCGUGCUGCCAAAGAAGGAUGGGGUGGCAUCUCCAGGGGUCACGCCAGUAGCAAAGUCCCCCCAGAACACGACGACCACACCGGAUCUGGCAUCGCCACGAACUGCCGGGGUGGAGUCAACAACAUUGCAACUGACUGCUGAUGAGCUGCGGGAGGGAAACCAAUACCUUUCUCCGUUUGACCCUCUGGCUCUGCAGUACAACAGAUUUUUGGCCGAGUAUCUGGCUGAAGGGAUGUUGCCCUACUCCACUGUAGAGGAACCUUCAUUUCUGAGGAUGCUGAAGCACCUCCAACCAGGUUGGAGAGUCCCUGGACACACCUACUUUGCAACCCGUGCUGUCCCGGCUUUGUCAGCUGCGAUCAAGACUGCCAUGCAACGUGAGUUAGAGCUAUCCAUUGACCCAGUGGUGCCCCUCGCAGUAAGCAUCUGGACUAGCAACAGGAGGCAGGACUACAUGACAGUGACGGCCCACUGGGUCUUGGACACAGUCGGUGUUCUGGUCCGGCGCCGUGCCACCCUGGCCGUGUGCAGCUUUGAAGAGAGUCCCGCCACCGGCAGUAUCGCCCGUAAGAUGAAAGCGGUGGUCAGCCAGUGGCUGGACCCCUUGCACCGGGAAGCACGCUAUGUGGCUUGUGAUGGUGGGGCCACCAUGGAAAAGGCAAUGGCGGAUUCCAAUCUGCAUCCCAUCCCUUGCAUCUCCCGCUGCCUUGAUCUGGUCGUGGAGAGGGUGUUGGAGCAGGCUGGUACGGAGGUCGAUAGGGUACUGGGGAAGGCUCAGAAAGUUGUCAGCCACUUCCAAAGGUCACGCAAAGCCCGCCGCCGUCUGGCAGAGCUUCAGGCCCUGCACAGUCUCCCGCAAGAGCCACUGAGACUCAACGAGCAGGAUCCAGUUGGGUGGAACACCACCCUUGAGAUGGUGGAGCAACUGUGCACUCACCAGCGAGCCGUCGACGAUUACCUGAUUGAGAACAGGGAGCUCUGUCUGACAUCCAGGGACUGGAGGCUGAUGCGGGAGGUGGUGCGGCUGCUGGAAGUCUUUAAGGAGGCCACCGGUGUCAUUCUCCGCAGAGAUAACGCGACUCUGGGCCAUGUCCUGCCCUUACUCCGUGUCAUUGAAGGGUACGUGGAGGACUUCUUGGAUCAGGCCCGUCAACAGGGCGAUGAUGGCGCAGCAGCUGCCUGUCUGGCAUCUGACUUACUGCAGGCCCUGAACGAGAGCAGACAAUUGACCGAGGUCAAGGGAAAUAUACUUUACCAAGCGGCAAGCUUCCUAGACCCUCGUUUCAAGGACUCCAUGUCCCAGUUUUUGGUGGGGGAUGCAGAGUACCAGAUUGAGGCUGUAAAGGAGCAUGUGAUCCAGCUGACGACGACAGAGGUGUGUCAGAAAAACCUGCCCCUGGACAAAUCCAUCAGUGGCCUCGAGGGGUCUCCAGCACUUGAAGAAGCACUGUUGUCUCCUCUGCCCCCGACGGGCAGCACCUCCUCGUGCUCGUCCCCUGAGAGCAGUGGCAUUUGGACAAAAUGGUGUGUGAGGCUUGGCUUGACUAAGGCUCCACACCCCAGUUCUGGGUCCCCCCCAGAUGCCGCGUUGGUAGCCAGAGAAGAGGUGGGGGCCUACGUACGGGAUUAUGUCGGAUACAUCGGGGCAAAUACAGACCCCUUAAUCUACUGGCAGCGGAAGCGGCAUGCCUGGCCCUCUCUCUUCCUCGUGGCCCUCCGCUACGCCUCCUGCCCUCCCACCAGCAUCUCUUCCAAGACGCUUUUCAGUGCCGCAGUGCCUGACAUGAAUGCGAAUCUGGCUCGCCUCUCUCUUAACACUGCUGAGGUUCUGUCGUUCAUCCGCAUGAAUCGGCAGUGGAUUCCGGAAGGCUUUAUGGCCCCACCUCCUAUUUCCAUAAAUAGGAGGGUGAACCCCCCACACACUGAGGAUGAUGGGAAGGAGGAGGAACCUGUGUUGGCCUGAGUCGUCAACAGAUAAUUGUGGGACUCUAGUCUUCAAGCCUCUUUUGUUAUCGGUGUCUUUUUUACGUAAAGACCCCUCUAGAAUGGUGUAUAAAAUAUGAGCAGUUGAAUUAGGAUUGGUGGACCAGUUAAAUCGGGAGUAUUUGUCUUCUCUCUUUGUUUUCUUUUCGUUUUUGAGUGGGGCAGGUGAUGUUUCCUGGCUCUCAAGCCCAGCACUUGAGCAAAGCUUCUCCUACUGGCCACCUGCUAGAAUUGCAUCUCGAUACAGGAAGCAUUGGCCUUUAAAAACUGCUGGUUUUUUUCCCCCCUGUGACUUUCCUUUAAUUUUAUUUAAAAAAAAAAAAAAGCACUAACACUGUAACCGUAGGCUGAGUUCUGGUGUUCCAGGCUAAAAGCUGCUGACCAAAAAAAGUAUUCUGCCAAUCAUUCAUAUUUCUACAAAUAUCAAGUAACCUUAUUAAAUGUUUGUAAUUUAUUAAAAUUUCUUUUUUAAAA